GUUUGGUUGCUUUGUUGUAGGCUUCUACUAGGUUUCCUACAGAAUUAGUAAGUGUGGAAAUGGAGCCGAGCUGGAGUACGUUUCUUUUUCAACAGGCCAAUGAAGCCCUCCACCACCAGCACCAGGUGGCCCAGAACAGCCUGCUACCACUUCUUAAUGCAGGAGCUGAACAAGUUGACCAGAAGCCUGUCCUGCCUAUCCAAAUAGACCAGAAGCCACCUGCCAACGCUGCCGAGCUCCUCAAAGACAAUGUCGCCACCGGAGGUGGUCAGCGGCCUCCAGUGCCUGUGAUAAAGAAGGAACACAAAGGCAAAACGCCUUUCGUCUGCGGCUACUGUAACAAAGCCUUUCGAGACAGUUACCACCUGCGACGUCAUGAGUCCAGCCACACCGGUAUCAAGAUGGUGUCACGUCCAAAGAAGACAGCCCAAACAGCCCCCACCAUGGUACCCAUGAUCGGUACCAUGCCACGAGAAAACAAUGGCAACUCUUCCUACAUCUCCACAGUAGCUGGCAUCCUCUCCACAGCAACAACCUCUGUUUCCUCAGGCACAAGUAUCAUGACAUCAUCUGCAAUGGGCAAUGUGCCGCAGCAAAAUGUUCCUAAGAAACCUGCCAAACCAGUCAAGAAGAACCAUGGAUGUGAGAUGUGUGGCAAAGCCUUUCGUGAUGUAUACCAUCUGAAUCGUCACAAGCUGUCCCAUUCAGAUGAGAAGCCUUUUGAGUGUCCCAUCUGCCAGCAACGCUUUAAAAGGAAGGACCGCAUGACCUACCAUGUUCGUUCUCACGAUGGGGGUGUCCACAAACCCUACGUAUGUUCUGUGUGUGGAAAAGGCUUUUCCAGGCCAGACCACUUGAGCUGCCAUGUGAAGCAUGUGCAUUCCUCAGAAAGACCGUUUAAGUGUCAAGUAACGGCCUGUACCUCUGCUUUCGCCACCAAAGACAGACUCCGUUCCCACAUGAUCAGGCAUGAAGGCAAGGUCACCUGCAGCAUCUGCGGAAAGAUGCUCAGCGCAGCCUACAUCACCAGUCAUCUGAAGACUCACGGGCAGACCAACUUUAACUCCUGUAACAAAGAGGGUAAUGAAGUCUGCAAUUCUGCUUCAGCCACACCUGUGACCGUCUCUGCCCCCAUCACUUCAGCGAUGAACCGGGGCAAUGCAAACAACAACAACCCUGUCACCAUUGCUGCACAAAUGAACAUUAGUACCAACACGGUCAAUAUCACAUCUCCAGUCAGCCUCCAGCACCCAGUCACCAUCACUGGGCCUGUGAACAUCGCCUCUGUGAACAUCCCCGCGACUGCGCCUAUGAAUAUCCCCCACCCAGUCGCAAUAACAACCCCGAUGCCUAUGAAUAUAGCCGGGCCGCUCAACAUUGCAAUGAGGCCAGUGGAUAGCAUGCCUUUUCUCUCCCAAGUCUUGCCUUCAUCCCCACCCUGGUAAAAAAGGAGGGAGCGAGGUGAUCUGGCCAGGAAGAAAGGGAAAAUGAAGUGAAACAAGAGACUCCUGUCCUCACAGUUGCACCUCGGGCUCAGCUCUUUCUCACCUAGAACAGUUUUCACUUCUUCAGGCCCUGAAGUGAAUAUUUACACGAGCCGUGCAGCCAGUAGGAGCUCACCAAGUCCCAGCUGCGUCCCCAGCUAAGGUUAAGUGACUGGCAUGGGACGCAGAAUCCGAGUAGAAUACGAGUAGGAUUUAUCUUGAAAUCAGGACAGCUGUAAGACUUAGUGUAGUCAGUUAGAACGAUGAAACUGUGAUUUGUAUUAUGACAAAUGAGAGGAUUCCUCAUCCUCGAGGACUCCUUAGGAAAACACAUCAGUGCUUUUUGUAAAAGGGAGAUGGGAAAUGAACUGAAGCAAUAAUUAUAAAUUGCUGUAUUUGAUGUUUUACGAGUUCUCUCCCAAAGUCUCUGGGUGUUACUUUGUAUAUUGUUUUUUAACUAUAGCCUGCUAAUCACUAUUUAAUGUUAUAGGAAAUGAGUCUAGUAAAAGGGACAGCAGCUUCCACUUGCAUGGAAGAAUAUUUUUUCACAUUGCUAUAGCAUUUUUUUUUUUUUUUUAUUCUCAGAUAGUAGGUAUGCUCUUGAGGUACACUGACUAACUUGUACAGUUGACAUAGUAAUGUAUUUUCACGUCAGCAUUUUAAUUUUUGCUUUUAUCAAGUGGAUAUCAUGACACUGUCCUCUUGGCUAUGAAAUAUUUCUACUUUGGUUUCAUAUGUACGGACACACAAAGUUAUGUUUUUAUUUUCCUAUUUGUAGUGUUAAUUUUUCUUUUUUUUCCAUGAUUUCAGAAUGGAAUGAGUCUUGCACUGAAAGCAUAUCCUACAUAUAGGUGAACAGCAGUAUUACUGAAGAUCAAAUUGAAGUCUCAAGUGUUUGGCUUAGCAGCAAACACGUGAGCGCUAUCUAGUGGCUGAACAUGGAAAGGUUUGCCUUGUAGUGAAGCUUUUUCAGGCUGUUGCUGUCGUCAUAGCCAUGAAUUAAAUGUACUGCUCCCUAAAAACAAACAACAACAAAAAAAAACUAAGGGAACCUUUGAACACUUUGUAACUUCCAAUCCAGCCCUCAAAGGGCUGAUUUUGGUUACACAAGGUAUGUCCGUAAAGAUUUUCAAUUUGAACAUUUCAUUAAUCAAGGUGUGAUUAAUUAUUUUUUUUUCAGCAGCACACGCUUGAGCACACUUCUACUUUUUUGUUUGUUUGUUUUUUUAUCAUUUAUCUGUUACAGCCCCAGCAUAUACUAAGGAUCCUUCACUCAGGAAACACAGAAAAGCCCAUCACUCAUGAACAUGGUUCUUUUUAUAUUGAUAUCUACCAUGUAUCAUGAUUCAUUUCCAUGUUCCUUUUUGGAUUCCCUAAAAGAUUUGGGGUUAGACUUCAGUGAGGAAGAAGUAGUCCAAGACUUAUGAUUUUUAAAUAGCCGUCCAUUUAAAAUAAUUUUACUGUACAACGGAAUACAUGCUGUUUACCUUGUUACAUUUUCUUUAAAGUCUUGUUAAGUCUCAGUCUGCGUAGGUAUGGCAUGCAGCUGAGAACUGGAGUUCAAUCAAAUGCAAGUUUGUGUCCAUUCAGACAAGAGGACAAGACUGAUGAUGCAUGACCCCGAACACUGUAGCUGUUGAACUGUUUUUUUUUGUUUGUUUUUUAGUGAAUGCCAUGGUAUCUCAGCAGUGUUUCAGCUCUUUGAGUUGACCAAGUUUAUACUGAAAAAUGCAAUAUGCAUGUUUGUCUUUUUUUUUUUUUUUCUCCAAGUUUUGUUUUAAACAAAAUAUUAGUGUAGCUUUUUUUUUUUUGUUCUUAUAUUUACGUAGAUACACUAUAAUAGCCUGUUUGCCAAAUUUGAAACGGUAAUGAUGUGAUAAACUGAAUAUUUCUUGUGGAAUUGAACAUCUCUUUAUUUUUAAGGAAAACGGUUAAUUGGAAAUUCCAGGACACUUGUGAAAGCAGUUGAAUGUAUAUCUUUGUACAAAACUAUUUUAGUUCCGAGGAUAAGGUAGUUACAAUAGAUGUGAAAGAUAACCUUUUUUAUAAAUUUUUUGUAUUAGAACAUUAACAUUGAUAAUUUUGUAUAUAUGAGACACUAGGCUUUCUGACUAGCAGAAAGGUCAAACAUUCCUACAUUUUUUUUUAAAUGUAUGUUUGUCAGAUUAUUACAUAAACAUGCGCAAUGUUAUGUGCCUUUUAUUUGGGGUGUCUAAAUAAAAGAAAACUAUCAAAUGUGUUUAUGUAUUAAGUAUAGUUCAGAGUUAAGACAGUACUAUGAUGACAGACAAAUUAAGAUCUUAACUUACAAUACUCCUCAUAACCCUCCAUCCUGCUGAUUAUCCUGUUCUAAGGUUCAUAUUGAGCUUAACUUCGGCUUUUAGACCUUGCAUGAUCUUCUGAUUUCCUCUGAUAUUAUGCAGACUGCAAAGCUGAAUUGAAGAAUGACAAAUGUUGCUUGCCUGAAGGUCUUGUGAUGAAAUCUGGGGUUCCUGGAGAAUUCUUUCUGUGUCAAAUUCUUUGUUCAUGGGCGAAAUUUGUUUGGAAAGCCAGUUUUAGAUCAAGUCUGUCGUCUUUUGCUACCGAUUUUUACUUGGUUUAC